GUGUGCGCUGAACUAAGCGGAGGUGAAGAAGAGGAGGAUGAAGCUUGGAGCGGAGGAUGGGAGGAAGAGUGGAGUAAGAGACAGGCUAGCUGAGUGUGAAUGAGUGAGUGAAGAAGAGGAGAAGGUCGUCCGAGGGGCCGAAGAAAAGAGGAUACUUGGGCUUUUUUGGGACGAUCUCCGGAGCUUUACUGAGGGAAACUUUCAACUUUUUACCCGCCACAGCUCGGCUUGUGCCCGGAGCCGGCUUUGUUUCGCGGCGGGGGUGUCUGAGAUAAAUGAAGGAAUAAAAGAGAAGCCGUCGAUAUUAUUUAUACCCAAGUGGGGAAUACCCUGGGAUUGAUUUUAAUACAGGUUGCAGGAGAAUGGCGGCCAAUAUGUACCGAGUGGGAGACUAUGUUUACUUCGAGAACUCCUCCAGCAACCCGUACCUGAUCCGGAGAAUAGAGGAGCUCAACAAGACAGCCAAUGGGAACGUGGAGGCGAAAGUGGUGUGUCUGUUCAGGAGGCGAGACAUCUCAGGCAACCUCAACACUCUGGCAGACAGCAACGCAAGAGAGUUUGAGGAGGAGUCCAAGCAGCCGUCCCUGGCUGAACAACAGAAACACCAGCUGAAACACAGGGAGCUCUUCCUCUCUCGACAGUUUGAGUCUCUUCCUGCCACUCAUAUACGAGGGAAAUGUAACGUCACCCUUCUCAAUGAAACUGAUGUUCUGGCUGGUUACCUGGAGAAAGAAGACUGUUUCUUCUACUCGUUGGUGUUUGACCCAGUCCAAAAGACGCUGCUGGCAGACCAGGGGGAGAUCCGAGUGGGCUCUAAAUACCAGGCUGAGAUUCCUGACAAACUGGCUGAAGGUGAACUUGACACCCGGGUCCAGGAGAAGAUGGAGACUAAAGUUUGGGACCCCAACAACCAGCUCAAAGAUGCACAGAUCGACCAGUUCCUUGUUGUUGCAAGAGCGGUGGGCACAUUUGCUCGGGCCUUGGACUGCAGCAGCUCCAUCCGUCAGCCCAGCCUCCACAUGAGUGCAGCUGCAGCCUCCAGAGACAUAACCCUGUUCCAUGCUAUGGACACGUUGCAGAAGAACAGCUAUGACCUGGCCAAAGCCAUGUCCACCCUGGUUCCUCAGGGCGGCCCAGUGCUGUGUCGGGACGAGAUGGAGGAGUGGAGCGCCUCGGAGGCCAUGCUGUUUGAGGAGGCUCUGGAGAAAUACGGCAAAGACUUCAAUGACAUCCGUCAGGACUUUCUGCCCUGGAAAUCUCUGGCCAGUGUGGUCCAGUUCUACUAUAUGUGGAAGACUACUGACCGCUACAUUCAACAGAAACGACUAAAGGCCGCAGAGGCAGACAGCAAGCUCAAACAGGUGUACAUUCCCACCUAUACCAAACCCAACCCUAAUCAGAUCAUGAUGCCAGGCAGCAAGCCCGGCCUGAAUGGAGCGGCAGGCUUCCAGAAAGGACUGAGCUGUGAGAGCUGUCACACGGCCCAGUCUCCUCAGUGGUAUGCCUGGGGACCCCCAAACAUGCAAUGCAGACUAUGUGCUUCUUGUUGGAUCUACUGGAAGAAAUAUGGAGGUCUAAAGACCCCCACUCAGCUAGAAGGAGCAGCUAGAGCCGGCUCUGAGCCAGGCCCCCGCGCUCACAUGACCCGCCAGGAGGUCCAGGGCUUGUCGCCGUUCACUCGCAACGAGGGCCGAGCCAAGCUGCUGGCCAAGAACCGCCAGACUUUCAUCCUGCAGACCACCAAGCUUACUCGCAUUGCACGGAGGGUGUGUGAGGACAUCCUGCAGCCACGACGCGCAGCACGCAGACCCUACGCCUCCAUCAACGCCAAUGCCGUCAAGGCUGAGUGUAUGAUCAGGCUGCCCAAAGCCACCAAAUCUCCUAUAAAGAGCAAGGUGAUACCUCGACAGUCUCUGGCCACUAUAGUGAAGGAUUUAGCCAUCUCAGCUCCUCUGAAACUGAAGGCAUCCAGAGGUCCUCCAACACCCAUCAACAGGAACCAGGCCAGCCAGCCUCGAGUAGCCCAAAGCCUGCUGGGAAAGAGAGGCUUUGAUGUGGCCGCGGGGGUGCCCUACCCGGCCAAUGGGAGGCCGUACACAUCAGGCAUGAGAACCACCUCCCAGUCAGUCAUCAAGCGGCAGAAGGUCAGCCAGGGAGAAGCUCCCAAUCCUGUGGUGUUCGUGGCCACAAAGGACACCAGGGCUCUGAGGAAACACCUCACCCAGUCCGAGAUGCGCAGGGCAGCACGGAAACCUCACCUCAUGGUCCGGAUCAAGCUGCCACCCCCACCCCGCUCUCUGGCCAUGCCGCUUCUUCCCUCAAGCACCAGCGAGCCCAUUGUGCUGGAAGACUGAAGCCUGAUGGGGGUUAUUUUAACGGGACAUGGGGUUGGGGAGGGAACAGUUGAGGGUUUAUGCUCUGGCUCUGACUUCCAGGCAGCAAACAUUGCCAUAAAGUACUCUGAUCUUUCCUGUUUUCUUUAGUUUCUUGUUUACUUGUUUUCCUCCCUAAAGUUGUCUUGUUCAGCGCUCACACACACACACACACUCACACACACUCUCACACACACACAGAUGACAGAAUAUUUUUGGUUAUUUAAUAAAAGCAGAUCCACAUCACCAUGCUGUCACUCACAGGGUUUGUAGUGUUUUUAUCGCAGAUCCUGGAUUAUUAAAUAGCCCUUUUAAUAGCAACUGUUUUUAAACGUAUAAUUUAAAUUCUGGUAUUUCUCACCCCAAAACAAUGAUGAUGAAGCACACUUUGGUUUUCUUCUGCAUCUGGUCUGUUUUUGUAAAUAGAUUUCCCUCUCCCAUUCAGCCUGCUGCGGAGUGCAGUGGGAGGAGCAGGUGACUGGACUGGUUUAGGAGACGUGUCCUUAGAGUGAUCAGAGUCUGGUCCAUCUGUCAUCGUUCUGGUUUGAUCUGAGAGGCGCCUACAGCUCCCUCUGUGGCUCAAGCUAGAAGCCAUCAUAAAGGGUUUAAGCUGAACGAAAGUUAGGUUGCAAAUAGAAAUAAAUUAUAACCAAACUCUG